AUGGAGGAACCAUCUCUGCCGUGGCUGCUGGCCUCUCUGACUGCGAGUCCCAGCAGCUCUCAGCUGUUCAGAGGAAACUCUGUCUCUCUGAGCUGUGAGGACGGCGGCGGCGCUGCUGGAUGGACGCUGAAGAGGAACUCAAGUGAAGGAGGACGGUCUCAGUGUGGAACUUACUGGGGAAGACCAGAGGGCUCCACCUGUCACAUCAGCUUCAUCCUCACAUCGGACAGCGGAGUGUACUGGUGCGAGUCCAGCGACGGAGAAACCAGUAACACCGUCAACAUCACCGUCACCGGUGGACCGGUGAUCCUGCAGAGUCCAGUCCUCCCUGUGAUGGAGGGGGACAACGUCACUCUGCACUGUGGAACCAGGACCCCUCCCUCCGACCUGCCAGCUGCUUUCUACAAAGACGGCUCCCUCAUCAGGACUGAGCCUACAGGUCACAUGACCAUCCGUCACGUCUCCAGGGCUGACGAAGGCCUCUACAGGUGUGACAUCAGCGGUCAGGGAGCGUCUCCGCCCAGCUGGAUCUCUGUCACAGGGGAACCUACAACCUCAGCCACGCCCACCUCUGCAGCCCCGCCCCCUCCCUCAGCCCAGCUCCACCUGAUGUUCUCACUGGUCUGCCACCUGAUGGUGAUCUGUCUUUACUGCAUCUCCACCGUCCUCAUGGUGUCUUUAUAUCGACACAGGCCCGCAGCUUGGACUGCAGGAAAUUAUGUGCCUGUCUCCAUAGUGAUGACCCCGCCCACCCAGGCUGAGCAGCGACUGGAUGAGGACCACGCUGAUGUCAUCACUGCCGUCACUACAGAAUAUCACUUCUGAGCUGAUCCGGUGCGUUCGAUGUCUUCUCGUUCUUAAAGGAAGCUGAAGUGUUCGAGUCAUCAGCUGAUAAACCAUCACAAACCUCAGAGGACCCAGAACGCUUCCCUGAGGGACUCCUCCUGUUGGAGGUGAUGUUGAAGUCAGACUUCAGCUGCAGCGACAGGCUCAGCUCUGACCUGAUACUGAGAGCAGCUCUGAGAGAGCAGGGAUCAGGUUUAGUGAAGCCUGAUCACGCUGACUCAGCUGGACUGGAUACAGGGCUCCUGGACAAACGGACAGAACUGGCGACAUGUUUUUGGUCCAAAUGAAACUGAUCGUUAUAAAGUUCUGGUCUGAGUUGUUGUUGUUGUACAUGUUUGUUUGGUUAAAAUGUUUUAGAACAUG